UCCUGAUACCUUCAUUGCCUCUACAGGUAACACAGCCAUUUCAUCACGACAAUUACCAACAAUAAUCUCAGUGUUUUUGUUUUUUUCAAUAACAGUCACAAUUAAAGAUCAAAUUGCAAGAUGUAUUGCAUCUGGAUACCAGCCUUUCUCUUGCUUUUCCUGAUUGCACCCUGUGUUCAAGACACAAAUCCUACAGAGCUGAGGAUCAUUUUGGUCGGCAAAACAGGAUCAGGAAAAAGUACAUCUGGAAAUAUGAUUCUGGGCAAGAAUGUUUUUAAAAGUGCAGUAUCACCUGUGUCUGUGACCAGCGUCUGUGAGAAAGUAGAGAGUGCAGAGGGGGGUAGGCUCAUUACUGUGGUGGAUACACCAGGGCUUUUUGACACCUACAAAACCAACGAGGAACUGAGAAAAGACAUUGAGGAUUGCAUUGUUGUCCAGUCUGUUCCUGGACCUCAUGCAAUUCUGUUGGUGAUCAAUGUAAAAGCUCGAUUCACAGAAGAGGAGAGAGCAGCUGUGAAGUGGAUUGAAGAUCAUUUUGGUUCAGAUGCUUCAACGUACACAAUACUACUGUUCACUCACACAGACCUGCUGGAGGACAAGACUCUGGAUGAGUUCAUCAGUGAGAGUGAUCACCUACGUCACCUGAAAGAUCAGUGUGGAGGAAGAUACCACGCAUUUAAAAACAACAACAUUCAAGACAGAUCCCAGGUCAAGGGACUCCUGGACAAGAUCGAGAAGAUGGUGAAGGAAAAUGGACGAGAGCACUACACCAAUGACAUGUACAGGGAAGCUCAGAGGAGACUGGAGGAGGAAAGGAAAGAGGCUGAAGAGGAAGCCAAGAGGAAGAAACAGGAAGAGGAAGAGCAGAUCAGAGAGAAGGAGAGAAAGAAGAGGGAGGAAGAGAUACAGCGAAUGAAAGAUGAAGAGAGGAAAAAGAGGGAGGAGGCGGAAGAGAGGAUCAGAGAGGAGGAGAGAAAGAAGAGGGAGGAAGAGGUAUGGCAAACAGAAGAGAAAGAGAGGAAAAAGAGGGAGGAACAGGAAAAGAUAUUUUGGAAGAGGAGAAAGCAGUGGCAAGAGGAAACUGAAAAGCUUGCAAGGAAGCAUAAAAAUGAAUAUUGUAAAGUGAUAGCUGCUUCGGUCCUGGGUCUUCUCACAGGGGGAUGGUGGACCUCCUCUUAUGUGUUGACAGGUUUGGGUGCAGCUCUUGGGUUCUCUCAAGAGUGGGAAUGGGAUUGUCUUUAUAGCUUAUUGGGGCAAAAUUGAAAUAUUGUCAGGAGGUAAAUUGACUGGUUAAUUUCUCUGCUCUCUUCUCUCUAAAAUGUUUACAUUGGAGUGUUUUAGAGACUGUCCAUAGUAACAUGAAUGUGAAUGUUAUACAUACAAUGCAUCUUUUGUCCUUUGAAUAUGUGCCUCUGUCAUCAUGAACAGGUGCUCUGCAGAGUGAAGUGACACUGUCGUUAUGUUUUUUUUAAUGUGAGAAUCUGCUGUUUACUUUACUGUAGCCCUCUGGGUUCAAGACACCUGGCCACCUAGAGACAAUAAAGGCUGUUCUUUGACAUCA